GAGAGAGCAUCAGAGACAACGGGGAAAAUAGAGAGAGGCGUGUUUGUGUGAGAAAGAGAGAGAGAGAGAGAAAGGGAGGGAGGAAAAUAAGAGCCAUCAGUCUCAUCUAUCUGACUCUCAUACUACUGGAUAUUAUUAUUUUUUGGGGGGCUUCUCUUUAUUUCCUUCAUCUUAUAUUUUUUCGCUCAUAUUUAAUCACAAGUUAUUUUUUAUUGUGUCUUUGGAGACUCUUCGCAUCGACUCUAAUCCUCUUCCACUUCUCACUGCAUGGGACUAUACAGCCAUCCGCGUUUCAAUCUGCUUUUAUUUUAUUAUUGCUUUCCUCCCUCUGGACUUAAAGACUCCGAUCGAUCGAUCGAUCGACUGAUCAAGCCACCGGACCUGCAAGUGUGAGUUUGUGAUUUCUAAUCAGAGCUCCAGUAUUCAGUUUGUCUUCCUGUGUGCGUUUAUUAGCGCAGAGUUAGUUAAAAACAGAGUGACAGCAACUCGUGAAGGCUCAGCCAGUCUGAGAGGAUGAAUGUGAACAUGGUGCCAUUUUGGAGAUAAGUCCCCCCUCUUUUAUUUUGUACUCAUUCUUUUCUUCAUGGGACAGGAGGAAUAGCUGGAUAUCAGGUGGAGAUCUUGAACGCGUCACCUGCCCGCGCACCUUUUGACGACGCGCCUGUCAAUUAGAGCCACUAAUUGGAUUAUUUUGAUCUUGAACUUACAGUCUGCAGGUCGCCACCUCCUCCCCCCCAUCAUCACCUCCCACCUCCUCCUCCUCCUCUCUUGAAGUUAUGUCGAGGCCUCUCGCUCAGCUCUUACCGCCGGAUCUCCCUGCCGGGGCCACCAGCCCCCAGUUUGGGGCCAGCAACCCGGCUGGAAGUGCACCUCAGGGUGGACACCUGACCACCAUGACCAACCUCAAGUCUCUGCUCCAGCUGCCAAUCAAGGCCGACCAGAGAGCCAUGAAGGACUGCUGCGAGACGAAAGACAAAGACAAGCCCGUGGACUCUGACGAAGACUCACAGAGUACCAACAGCGGAGGGCCCGCUGGGGCCGGAGGGGCCCCGGGGUCCGGCGCGUUGCGACACAGCUCCCAGUCGGCGUUCCUGGGCCCGCUGUUGUGGGAGAGGACCCUGCCGGUUGACGGAGGCUUGUUCCAGCUGCAGUACAUGGACCUGGAGGAGUUCCUGACUGAGAACGGGAUGGGGAUGCACGGCAACGGGCCCAGCUCCACCAGCGCCCAGAUCCCCUCCCAGAGCUCCCAGUCGGCGGUGCCCAACCAGAGCUCCCAGUGCCCUCCUAGCUCUCCUUCGCCCUGCUCCUCCUCUUCCUCCUCCAUGUCCUCUUCAUCCUCCUCUUCCUCGCUGCUGGGACUGGAGACCGUCCAGCCACAACCGCCGCCGCCGCCGCCACUGCCACCUCAGCAGCAACAGCCAGGCAUGAUGGGAGGACCUGAGUGUCUACAUGGUGGUCGGGCGGUGCCUCAGGACCAGUCACCCACUUCUACUUGCCCCCCGGGACCCUCUGGACCUCCAGCGGCCGCCAACGGCAACAGCAGCGACGUUAUGGUGAACUUCGACCCCGACCCGGCGGACCUGGCGCUGUCCAGCGUGCCGGGCCAGGAGGCGUUUGACCCGCGGCGGCACCGCUUCUCCGACGAGGAGCUGAAACCUCAGCCGAUGAUCAAAAAGGCCCGCAAGAUGCUGGUCCCCAAUGAGCAGAAGGACGACAAGUACUGGUGCCGACGUGUCAAGAACAACGAGGCGGCGAAGCGCUCGCGGGACGCCCGGCGGCUGAAGGAGAACCAGAUCUCUGUGCGCGCCGCCUUCCUGGAGCGGGAGAACGGCGCCCUUCGCCAGGAGGUGGCCGACAUGAGGAAAGAGCUGGGCCGCUGCAGGAACAUCAUCAACAAGUACGAGAGUCGACACGGAGACUUGUGAGGCGGCGGAAGGAGGAAGAAGACGAAGACGAAGGAGAAAAGGGGCGGGAGGGGAGGAGGAAACCAGAAAAGGGUACAAGGCAAACCCAACAACAGCAGCACUUUAGUUGAAGUGGCGAGGGAGAGGGCUGACGUAGAUCUGCAGUAAGCGCUGUGCGACACCGGGCGCAAACACAAAAAAGUGUGCGCACGCUUGUGCUUCAGGAUGUCACGACGGGAGAGCACAGCGACGUCAUCUUUUCCAGUUUGACUCUCUUUGUACAUGCUGCUUCGCUGAAUCCACUCAACGUACUGUAUCACCGUGUGUCACCUCGGCAGCUUCCGUCACCCUCGGUGCUGUGCUUACGCCCGAUGUCGCAUGGCAUUUUUGCAGGUAGUGCGUCCCGGCCGCUGCUCCGGCCAGUUCAAACAGGGUGUUGAAUUCACAUUAUGCCAGUGAAAUCUCACUUUUUAAGCUCAAGGCAGGGAUACAAGCCAGGAGAGGUCAGAUGUGUAAUUUUUUUCUAUAAAUAGGACAAAAAAACAUGUAUAUUUUUGAAGUGGGCAGGAAGGCAAGACUAGUCCAGCAAAGAGGAGGAAGGAGGAGAGGCGCAAGGUUUUCGUCCAUAACGCAAAGAGAUUUUGACAUAGGAUUAUUGUAUAUUUUUCUAUUAGCAGAGAUAGCCAGGAGGAGGAUUUUGGAGAUAAUCUUUUGUAUAUUUUAUAUAUGGGGGCGGGGAGGGGGUGUUAGCUGGACAGUCACGGGGCCACACGGAACGCUUUUCCUCCCAGCUGUUUAUCGCUAAAACAACAGAUAAUCUAUUUUCGAUUUCACUGAGCUGGUUAGUCGGAGGCGGAGGCAUAACAGAGAAUGUAUCACGGUUGAAUCAGGUAUUUCACACGGUGCGACACGAGGCGCGGUAUCUUAGUAACGAUUGUUUUCGAGCGUGUCGGAGGGGUGUUAGCAGGAAGACGGUGAAACAAAAAUUGUAUAGUUUUAAGAAAUUUUUGUGUUCGUUUGUUUUCUUUGUGGGCUCGUUCAAGCACUUGAUUUGUUAUCUUCUAUUUGAUUCCGUGUCUGAUUUUUGAAAUAAUCGCAGGGCUUUUAUUUUUUGAAGGCGAUGGAGAAAAAGAGAGAGGAAAAAACAGGAAAUAAUUAGCCAUCAGAACAGCUGGAUGUGAGCAGAUGUUUGAAAAUAAAUGAGGUGGAGAAUUUCACUGGCAGGUUUGCAUUGAGUUUGGUGGCUCGCUCACACACACACUCACACAGACGGACAAUUUGUUAACAAUAACACAACACGGUUGCAGUCUUUCUCUCUCUGUUUACUCCUCGAUUUGUCCAGGAAGUGCAAAAAUGAAAUACUAACUGGUUUAGGGUUGAUUUGCCCAGAUUGAACAGUGACUGAAACCUUCAGCAUGCAGACACACGACAAACACACGGACACACACACGGUCCUCACCCAGGUUUUAACCCUUAUCGUUGUUGUUGAUGUUGUUAUGGACUUCUAUGGUGCUGAUCUGAUCUGAUCCUUCACCUGACGCACACACACACACACACACACACAAACACACACACACACAGACGCAAACACUUCCACCAUCUCAAACACAGUACUGAACUGCCUAUACCCUUUCUUUGUCUUUUAUUCCUUCUUUUUAGUUUAUUUUUUUCUUUCUUUUGUUAAAUAUUGUAUCGAUAAAUCGUAUAUAGAUUUACACACAAACACUUGUCUAUACCUCUCCUUCAAACUUUACCCAAUGAGAAACGAGAAAUGCACCCUACUGCUACUGUACCAUACAACUGUACUAUUGAAUAUUAAACUAUUCUCUCACUAGAUAUAUAUAUAUAUAUGUAUAUGAUAUAUGCUUGAAUUAUGUGAUUAUAGUUGUAAUAUACAUAAUUGAAUAUAUUACAGAAAAUCCCAUUGGAAUCAUUUUGUCAGUUUUUGCUCAGGUGUUUUUGUCUGAGAUAUUAAAUACACAUUAAAAAAACCCACAAAAAGUC